CCGUGGUAUCUUGGCACCUUCUUUCCCAUGGAGGUGGGGUAGGGGUAUUGGCCCCUCCCCAGGUGGGGGGGCAGGUAUGUCUGUGGGGGGACAUAACCCUCCCCCUCACCCCACGGACAUGACGCCUGAGCAGAGGCGUAAAGAGGGUCAGGUGUGUGGAAGUAAAGCACAGCAGCCCCCAAUCCUCCCUGCCUGUCUCCCUCUCCUUUCUUUCUCAUUCAAGCCCCAACUCGUGUGUUUGUGUGUGUGAGAGUGAGAGAGAGAGUUUCAUCCUCCACCAGGCAAUGGAAGAGAAGGAGCAGCAGCAGGUGCCAGAGUUCUCUGUUCUACUGAGCCUCUUGACUCUGUCCUGCACAAUAGAAGUAUUUGAAAUAUUACGAAGGGAGAAGUAAGUACAACUGAUGACUUCUACAGACUCUCUUUAAAGUUAAGUGAACUUAAACAGCUGAAAAAGUAGCUCAAGGAAACCAAACCAAUGGGUAUACUUUUAAUGGUGUAUGAAUACAGAUAAAAAUCAAUCUCCUUUGACGUGUAGCAAGACUUCCAUGCAGUAGUCUUCUAGCCUAGCAUAUCUGCAUGCAUAUGUGAAGAGAAGCUUACAAGUGUCCUUACUGUGACCGGAGAACGUCCCAGGAAGAACUGAGACAUCACGUUAAUACAUGAUAGGGAACGAAACCCCGGAAAUAUGCCAACUCAACCCCUUUUAGUAUAUAUGGAUGGACCGGAUGGGAUAGCCAGUACUGUUGGUGUGCAGAUGGAGAACAAUGAUGCCUCAAUGCUGAUAAAAGGGACCAACACAAUUUCUUACAAAAACGUGCAAGAAAAGUUCUUGAUGCAAGCAGAAGGGUGUAUGCCUUUGGAUUGCAUGUUUUGUGAUCAGACUUUUAAACACCCUGAAGAACUUGGUAAGCAUGUCUUAACUCAACAUAGACCAACGCUUUGUGAACCAGCAGUUCUGCGUGUCGAAGCAGAGUAUAUUAGUCCUCUCGAUAAAUGUCAAGUUAGAACAGACUUGCCAUCACCAAACAACAAUGAGAAGGACAAUGAAGAAUUUAGCUGUGAAGUUUGUGGGCAAACAUUUGAUGAAGCUUUUGAUGUUGAGACUCACAUGAAAAAGCAUAAGGACUCUUUCACAUAUUGGUGUAAUGUAUGUGGAAGAAGAUUUAAAGAGCCUUGGUUCCUCAAAAAUCACAUGAGAACACAUACUGGUAAACCUGGUUCAAGAAAUAAGCUUCAACAAGGUUCUGAAAGCCCAGUAACAAUAAAUGAGGUGGUACAGGAGCAUGUAACUGAAAGUGUAACAUCACCUUACAAAAUCUGCAUGGUUUGUGGUUUCCUAUUUCUCAAUAAAGAAAACUUAAUUGAGCACAGUAAAGUGCACACCAAAGAGUCGGCAUCCAAUGGUGAGAGCCCACAAGUCACUGUUGGAGCCAAUAAAGGAGGACUGGCUCAGAGAGAAGAAUUUCUGCAAUUUUUGAACUUAAGACCAAAUGUGACUUCAGAAAAGAGCAGAUCAGUAAAACCUGUGAAAUGGAUAGCUGAACUGGAUCCAUUCAAUACAUAUCAAGCAUGGCAGCUCGCUACCAAAGGUAAAGUUGCUGUUGGCCAUGGACAGAUUAAAGAACCAGGGCAAGAAGGAAGUACAGACAAUGAUGAUUCAUCAUCUGAUAAAGAAGAACUUGGUGAAAUUUGGAAUACAAAUAAAGGUAGCCAGGUUAGUCAGACUGAAAGUACUGGGAGGUCAAAAGUAAAUAAAAGUAGCAGUUGUCCAGGAAAUGGUACCCUGUCCCAAGACAAACUGAAACAUCCCAAUGUUGAAGUGCCUUCUAUGGAGAUGGAUCCUAAAUUGUCACAAAACAAGGAGAAACCAACACACUGCUCAGAGUGUGGCAAAGCCUUUAGAACAUACCACCAGCUAGUUCUUCAUUCAAGAGUACAUAAGAGAGAUAGGAGGACUGAUACAGAGACUUCAGCCACUUCUAGAACAUACUGUGCAGACUUAAUUGUAACCCUACAUGAAAAUGGAGUAGUAGAUCGAACAGAGGGAGGCUCUGAAGAUGGAUCUGAAGAUGGACUACCAGACACCCUUCAUUUAGAUAAAAAUGAAGAUGGCUUGGAAAGAGCAAAAGUUAAAAACCUUGGGGCCUCAAGAGAAUGCAGCUAUUGUGGAAAAUAUUUCCGCUCAAAUUAUUACCUCAAUAUUCAUCUCAGAACUCAUACAGGUGAAAAACCAUACAAAUGUGAAUUUUGUGAGUAUGCAGCAGCCCAGAAAACAUCAUUGAGGUAUCAUUUAGAGAGGCAUCACAAGGAGAAGCAGGCUGAUAUCACAACAGAUGUGAAAAGUGACAGCAAAGUUUUGUUACAGAGUCAGGGGAUGGACCUCCUGCAAGCCACUGAUGGUGCUCAAGAAACCAAAAAGUUUAUUGAUGGUGCCAAAGAUGCAAAGGGCUGCCCACCUGUAAAGCAACAAAAAGAGAUAUUGUCUUCCUUUCAGAGCAUAUUGGGUGGUCCAGUCAUCUUGACCAUGAAAAAUGAUACUCGGGACUUAAAGAAGAGUGCAGUUGGUAAUAGCUCAAAUCAAAUGAAUGAGAACUCAGACGCUCCUUACCUGGAUAAGCUAAAAGCAGAGGGAAAAGCAAUGGAAUCUCAGGCAAAUAAUCCCAUUGAUAAAAAAGAGAGAGAUGCUUUAGUGACAUUGGAGGGAGAUGAUAUCCAGUUGAUUGGUGCCUUAAAGGACAUAAAUAAUGUGGAAGAAAUGAGAGAGAGCGCCGAAAAAUGCAAACACAAGCAUAUAAUGGGUUCUCAAGAAAAGCCGUUAAAUUUAUCUACUGGGACAGUGCAAGAAUGUUCAGUGAUCUCAACUGCUAAAGGCUUGUUAGCAACCAGCACCUGCCCAUUUUGUACUUAUAGAACGUUUUAUCCAGAAGUCCUUAUGAUACACCAGAGGUUGAUGCAUAAAUACAAUCCCGACACUGUUAACAAAAAUGGUUACAGAAACAAGGCUUUGGCUAAAGCCAGGCGUACUGGAUGCCCACCAGCUCUUCUUGGUAAAGAUGUGCUUCCCAUGUCUCUUAACCCUAAUAAAAGCAAGGCUUCCCUAUCUAUGCAACCAAAACAGUUGCAUACAGAGAAGACUAAACAGUGUCCCCCUCUACAGAGCAAAGUCCCUGUUUUUUCUACUGUAGAUCCCAGCAGUUCAGCGCCAAGUAACUUGAAGUCUUACAAACCACAAAGCAUUGGCGCUCAGGCGAGUAGCUGUCGGCAACCACAGCAAGAUAUGUACUCAAAUCCUAGUAUUUCUUCAGUAAUGGAUAGAGUGAAAAAAGCUGAACCUAAAGCAAAAAUUCUAAAUAUAUCAGCUUCUCAACCUGGUGUAGUCAGUAGCAGCAUCAAUUGCUCCUAUGAUUCUCCUCUUAAUGAAUCUGCCUGGCUCAGUAAUCGAGGAAGAGAAUAUCUCUGCAAUAGAUCUGUGGGUCACAUAAACUUAGAAUUUGGUGAACCAUCCUCUAAAAGAGUGAAACCUAAUCUGUUAGCUCUUGAACACGUUGACUCUGCAAGGAUUAAUUACAGAAGAUAUGACAUGAGCAGAUCUCGUGUUGCAAACAGAUAUGCAAAUCUGUUACCUCAGGAAUGUUCACAUGCCAAACCUGCAUCCUCUGUUUUGCCAACCAAACAAGGGCUUCUGAAUUCAGAUGAAGUUGAUUCUCGAAAUGUACUAACUAUUCUGAAAACCUAUGAGCCAUAUAGCCCUGGACCACUUUAUGGUUCUUUUGGACCUAGCAAUGGCCAAGCAACCAGCUCUCCAAUAGAAGGAAAAAGGCCGGUGUCAUACCAACACUUAUCUAACAGCAUGCUACAAAAGCGAAGUUAUGAGAGUUUUAUUGGCAAUGCACGUUUUCGACCAAAUGACAAGAAAACUUGAUUAUUUACUUCAAGAAAUGGUCUGAGGACGCAAAUGCAAUUUUUGUGGAGUUAUUACUUGCAGUUCAUCCCUUGAGAGAAAUGAAUGGUGAAAGCUACUGAACUAAGCUGUGAUUGUACUGUAUAUAAAACACUACAGUUUUAUAAUAUUGGUUCGGUUAACAUUUGUACCAAAUAGUCAUAAAAAAUUGUAGUCUGAACAGUUGGGUUAUAAAGGUGUGGAGAAUGUAUAUCUCAAUGUUGGUCUUGAAUAAUAUUUUUCUUUAGAAUUAAUUGACCAAAUAUUAGGUAGGAAUUAUAUUUUUAUGUACUUGAGUGCUGCUGAAAAGAGAUCCUCUUUGAAAUAGUAUAUAAUCCUUGCACCUCAGGUAAACUCUGUAAAUAUCUAAGCAUGUUGGUUUAACUACUGUUCCUUUUUCAUAGAGGUGGCAGUUUCUCAUUUUGCGUUUUUUCUGCUAUUACUGUUAGUUUUUAAAUAACUUUUUCAAAUGAACUAUGACAUUAAAUUGUUCAGUUUAGAAGUAUUGUGAUCAUCCUAGCUAAGGUGCUAACUCUUUGCUGUUCAAUCUUGCACAUACUAGGACCAUAAUUUGUUGAAGCAAACUCUCUGCUUCUGUUGAAUUGAUGUUUCCAGCAACUUAUCUUAAAAAGCAAAAGAGAGAAGCAGUUCUUGUCACAUCCUGUUCAGGAUCUUUCAUAGUGUUCCUGGGACAGUCAGAAUUCUCUCCUUAUGUUAAUUUCAUAGUCUCUGAAAUGAAUAUCUCCACCAACUGUUAAAAACUCUAGUAGCAGAAUGUACGGAGGACUCGCAGGACAAACAGGAAAUAUUUGAAUACUUCAAGUGUUUAGGUUUUUACCAAAUGUAAUACACUUUCAUUUAGGAAAAACAUAGUAUCUUUAUUUUUGCAUCAUUUUGUCCAGACUCAAAAAUAACAUAAAUAUGUAACAGGCUUACAAUAAAAACCAUAUGGAACUGCGAAGUUUUCUUAAGGGGAUGUGGCUUAUCAUGGUUUGGCCUGCUUGACUGUGCUCGGAAGCUUCUUGAAAUCCCUCCUAGCAUCUUAAUUACAAACUGAAGUGUUGGAAGUAUACUAAGGAACAAUCUGCUAUGGGAGAACUGUGGUCCCUGUAUUUUUAUGAAGACAGCAGGAGUUUUUUCUAAUGCACAGGCAACUAAACUUGUUAGAGGAUGGCCAGAUAUCUGCCAGUUGAGCUGUUGCAUAUUUUGACUUUUUUUGUUUCUACAUAAAGCCUGUAAUUGAGACUUGAUUCUUCUGUACCUAAUUUUGAAUUCCAUAUAUUUUAGUAAAAAAAAUAUUUUUUUUGCACUGUUCAUUUUGCUCUUUGCCCUUCAUAUAGCAAUUGUAAAAUAGCCAAGCAUAGAAAUUCUUGUUUUCAUUAUGCAAAUUGAGACUUUCUAGUUGUAUGGCUUAGUUCCUGUAAUUUAAAUGGAACCUAAUUUUAAUGUCUCUGUAAACUGGCGAUGUAAUGAAGUGCUGUGUAUCAGGAAAUUGUACACUAUUUACUUUUUUUCCUGUUCAUAAGCUGAGCCAUAUGUACAUAAUCUAGAUUGUUUUCCUAGUUUUGCACUUUUAUAGCUUAUUUUUUUGAAGAUGAAUUCACUUGGAAGAUGGCUAAUCUAUUUUUUUGUCUGAUCUUUCAAUGAAUCUUAUAGAAUGCAUGCUGGAACAGUCUUUAUACGUUUUAAGGGGAUAUGUGAUUAAAAAUUCCACAGGGCUGCAUUAAGAAUGAAAUCUGAAUUGCCAAAUCUGUCUUUAAAAAUCUUUUUUUCAUGCUGGUACACUUUUUCAAGUUUUAUUUUUUGGCCUCCUCCUAAAUCUCUCGGGAAUGGAUUAGAGAACAAUGUACCUAAAGAUUUGCCCAUUUCAUGGAGUUACAGCCCUGUACUUCAAAGUAUACUUUUGCCCAUCAGUAUUAACUAUUGGGAUACUACUGGUUUUUAUAUGUUUCUUUGGAGAGAACAGUGCAUGUAUAGAGGUACAAGUUGUUGAUUUUGUUUUAUUUAUUUCAUUCUAUUUUGUCUGAUUUUUUUUAAGAUUGUUGAAACCUUAAGUUGUCAAGCAGUAGACACGUUACUCAUUUAAUUUAUAAUGUAUUUCACUUUAGCUGAAUGUUAUUACAUGUGGAUGUAAAUAUAUAUUUGGUGUUUUGCAAAUCUGGCUUUUUGUCUUGUUUUAUAAACUUCAGAAUAUUUUAAUCUUCACUUGAGUGACGCUGGAUAGUGAGUAUAAUAUAUGUUUAAAUGAUCGAAGGUUAGUUGAAUACAAGCUUCCAGACAACUAAUUUGAAGAAUGUCUGUCUAGCUGUCUUUCUAGAAAGAUUGCAGAAGAAGCCCAUACUCCCCUUCAGUUAGCUCCACUUGAUUACGUCUCCUAGAUUUACACUCUAUGCAAUGCAUUCUUAACGGUGGAUGGAAGAGAUCAGAAUCCUCCAUAGAUAAUUCAGAUAAUAAGGGGUGAUCUUUUAAGCUUCAGACU